AUGGAUGACGGCCCUGUGCCCAAGCUGUCCGAGCUGCUCCGGCACGCAGAUGACCUCGACAAGAUCCCCGCGCUGAAGCAGGAAUUCUCGCGAAAAAAGGGAGCCGUGGACGGCCAGCUACGAAAUGGACUCCGCGAGCAGCUCGAAACCACUCAAUCGGGCAUGACGGGGUUGAGCGACGGCCAAAAGACCGUCCAGCUGAUCAAGGAAGAGAUGAUGAAGAUUGACCGCCUGUGCUCCGAAUCGCAAACCAUGAUCAAAGACUUUGCCAGCAUCAACCUGGUGUCUCAAGCGCACAGGAACUUUGUCGCUGUCGAAACCAUGAGGCGCGACCUGGAGACCUUUGACGAUCGGCUGGCCAUCGUGGACAGAAUGCUGAAGGCAGACGAGGAGGACAACGAAAAUAUGCCCAACUUGCUGCCGUCCCACAUUGAGCUGACGCAGCUGAGAAACAUACGAGACGACGCCAUGGAGCAAAUUCAGAGGGCGGAAGACCCGGGGCUGGAAACCACGUUGGAGGACUACUUUGCGAAGCUGGACGACAUGAUUGACAAGUUUGAUACCCAUGUUGGUCUUUUGGCCAUGAACCUGAUCAAUCUUGUUGUCAAUGAGAACAAUGGCCUCAUUGUUCGAUUUGCUGUAGUUAUAGAAGCCGAGGAGAAGAGCGACCAGCGAGUGUUGGCGCUACAAGAAGCCCUCAAGGACCACGAGGAAAUGGCAGCGCGAUUCCAGAGCAUCACCGAUGGCGCCAAGAAAGUCCGCGGCUACAAGGAAAAGUUCAUCGAGGCCAUCAAGAUCAGUGCCGAACAACAAUUUGACGGAUCACGCAUCGACUUUCUCGAGGACGCCACGAAGCUUGACAAGAUCAUGAAGUGGUACUUCAACGACCUGAACGCCGUGCGCGUUGGUAUGACGCCGCUCAUGCCCAAGAGAUGGAAGAUUGGCAAGACAUACGCCGACAUCUACCACCAGCUCAUGCACGACUGGCUCGUCGGCAUGGUCGACGACCCGGAGAGCACGUCCGGCCACCGACUGGAAAUCAUCAGCUUCCCCGAGAAAUACUACAAAAAGAUGGCCAAGCUGGGCUACAACCAAGAAGACCUCACCCCCCACGUCAUUGACAACCGCGAGACCGAACUGGUCCGCGACUUCCGCCAACUCAUCAUCAGGCUGCUCGACGAAUGGAUCGAGCGCAUCUUUGCGCAAGAAAAGCGAGACUUUGCCGAGCGCAACGUCGAGGGCUCCAACCUCGACCAAGACGAGUACGGCUACUUCCGCACCAAGAACCUCAUCGCGCUCUGGCGCAUGCUCCGCGAGCAAAUCGACACGGGCGCCAACUCCAAACGCUCCGACGUGAUGGAGGGCGUCAUCGACGCCAUGUUCCUCCGCCUGCGCACCCGCCAGCAGAACUGGCAGCGCAUGCUCGACGACGAGGCAUCCCGCUACGAGACCGGCAAGGUCCCCGAGCUAGAAGGCUUCCAGGCCCUCCAGGACUGGCUCGUCGCCACAGCCAACGACCAAAUCGCCUGCAUCGACGACAACGAAGAGGAAUCCCGCCUCGGCUACCUGUCCUCCUUCCGCGCCGCCUUCGAACCCCACGUCACGCCGCAGUACCUCGAGCGCGGGGACGCGGAGCUCAGCGCCCUGCGCGACCAGUACCUCGACUUCUCGACCUGGUGCAUCACCAAGUUCGCCCAGCUCAUCUUCGCAAUCGACUUCAAGGCCGUCAUGCCCGACUUCUUCACCCCAAAAUGGUACGCCAACACCGCCAUGAAGCAAAUGGUCGUCACCUUUGAGGAAUACGUCGCCGACUACCGACAGGUCCUGCACCACUCCCUCGUCGACAUCUUCAUCGAGAUCUUUGCAGACGAGCUCCUCGUCCGGUACUUGUCGUCCGUGCGCAACAAGGGCGCCAAGUUUCGUCGCGCGGACCCCUUUCGCGAUAAGCUCUUCAACGAUAUCUCCACCGCCUUUGAGUACUUUAGUAGUUUGCCGAAUCCGGAUGUAGGUAACUCCAUCAAGCAGACGUGGAGGGUUACAGAGCCGUUUUUGGGUCUUCUCAGCUGUGAUAAGGAUGCUGUGGCGGAUCAGUUCGCUUCCUUCAAGGCCGCGUAUUGGGACUUGCAGAUUUCCUGGGUGGAGGCUGUGCUGCGGUCGAGGGAUGACUUUGAGAGGAGCAUGUUGAAUGCGGUGAAGGCGAGGGCCGCGCAGAUGGAGGUUGUGAGGGGGCCGGAGACAAUUAUGAGUAAGGUGAAGUAG